CCGCCAUGUUGACCUUUAAUAACCCCAGUCCCAUGAAUACCUCCUGAUUCCUAGGAUUUUUUUUUUUAGCUGUCCUUAGCAUAAGAACAUGUCAACUUUGAUGCUAUUGCCCACAUUGUAGGCUAUGACGCAUACGGCAUUCUCACCCGUUCUGGAGGGCUGCCUUUAAUUGUCUUGCACAGAGCAGUAUACUCUUUCCUUACGGUAUAUAAGGCCAGGGUCUGGGGAGUAACAGUGCAGAAAUUCAUCUGCUUGCCGCCGCCCAAGGCCACGCUUCCGUCUACGAUAUCCUCCAAUAACACACCUAUUACCUACAGACUGGAUUUGUCUGUCUUGUUCUUUGGUUUCUUGGCUCCUUCGCGUUUGGGGGCUGCUUUGCAUAUAAAGCCCUUUCACAGAACACAGCACCAUGCUAGUACAAUACGCUGUAGAUUCUCCCUUCCUCCCCCUCUCUCUCAUAUACUCAUAUAUUUUAUGUUGAACCAAUAUGAGGCAUUACUCAAAUUUAAGUCAUAUUAAAGUUCUAGGCUAGUUUUGAAAACAAACUGAUUGGAAGCAGAGGUUUUCAAAUACCCCACAUAUGCUACUAGAAGGCUGUACAUUUAAGAGAGGGCCAUCUAGGAAGCAAUAAUAGGCAUUAAAACAACAACAACAACAACAAAACAAAACAGAAACAAAAACAACUUGGGAAACGGCCCUCCCUUCACGUUUUUUCUAUCCCAUCGACAAAGGCGCGCUGUCCUUAGCUGCGAUGAUUUUGUCUCGCCUCCAAAAAGACGCCCACGCACUGCUAUGUUGAGUACCCGAGUGAGGCUACGGUUCCUGCGGUCACAGAGGGCAGGGAAGCUCAAGCACCUCCAAAACCACCAGCCCCGGACAGCUCCGCACCCCCUUCCCGCAGCGCGAGGACAAGAGGUCCCCGGGGCCCUCGGGGCCCUCGGGGGAGCGGCGCCCCCUCCUGGUUCCAGCAGCGCUGCGGCUGCGCCCCACCCAGGCCCGUGAGACCAGCUGGACAGUCCGCGCCGCGGGAGACCGACUGGGACGAGCAGCGACCCACGCAGGCGCGCUGACAGGGGCGGGCCCGGCUGGCGCGGCCGGCCUGCGGUUGAGGCCCUGGCGGGGGUGGGCCGGGCCAAGCCGGGCAGGGCCGGGGCGGGGCCGCUGGCGUUUCCGUUGCUUGGAUCAGUCUAGGUGCAGCUGCCAGAUCCUUCAGCGUCCGCAUCUCGGCGUCGCCCAGCGUACUGUCGCCCGGCUCUCCGCCGCUCUCCCGGGGGUUCGGGGCACUUGGUUCCCACAGUCUGGUCCUGCUUCACCUUCCCCUGACCUGAGUAGUCGCCAUGGCACAGGUUCUCAGAGGCACUGUGACUGACUUCCCUGGAUUUGAUGAGCGGGCUGAUGCAGAAACUCUUCGGAAGGCCAUGAAAGGCCUGGGCACAGAUGAGGAGAGCAUCCUGACUCUGUUGACAUCCCGAAGUAACGCUCAGCGCCAGGAAAUCUCUGCAGCUUUUAAGACUCUGUUUGGCAGGGAUCUUCUGGAUGACCUGAAAUCAGAACUAACUGGAAAAUUUGAAAAAUUAAUUGUGGCUCUGAUGAAACCCUCUCGGCUUUAUGAUGCUUAUGAACUGAAACAUGCCUUGAAGGGAGCUGGAACAAAUGAAAAAGUACUGACAGAAAUUAUUGCUUCAAGGACACCUGAAGAACUAAGAGCCAUCAAACAAGUUUAUGAAGAAGAAUAUGGCUCAAGCCUGGAAGAUGAUGUGGUGGGGGACACUUCAGGGUACUAUCAGCGGAUGUUGGUGGUUCUCCUUCAGGCUAACAGAGACCCUGAUGCUGGAAUUGAUGAAGCUCAAGUUGAACAAGAUGCUCAGGCUUUAUUUCAGGCUGGAGAACUUAAAUGGGGGACAGAUGAAGAAAAGUUUAUCACCAUCUUUGGAACACGAAGUGUGUCUCAUUUGAGAAAGGUGUUUGACAAGUACAUGACUAUAUCAGGAUUUCAAAUUGAGGAAACCAUUGACCGCGAGACUUCUGGCAAUUUAGAGCAACUACUCCUUGCUGUUGUGAAAUCUAUUCGAAGUAUACCUGCCUACCUUGCAGAGACCCUCUAUUAUGCUAUGAAGGGAGCUGGGACAGAUGAUCAUACCCUCAUCAGAGUCAUGGUUUCCAGGAGUGAGAUUGAUCUGUUUAACAUCAGGAAGGAGUUUAGGAAGAAUUUUGCCACCUCUCUUUAUUCCAUGAUUAAGGGAGAUACAUCUGGGGACUAUAAGAAAGCUCUUCUGCUGCUCUGUGGAGAAGAUGACUAACGUGUCAAGGGGAAGAGCUCCCUGCUGUGUGCCUGCACCGCCCCACUGCCUUCCUUCAGCACCUUUAGCUGCAUUUGUAUGCCAGUGCUUGACACAUUGCCUUAUUCAUACUAGCAUGCUCACGACCAACACAUACACGUCAUAGAAGAAAAUAGUGGUGCUUCCUUCUGAUCUCUAGUGGAGAUCUCUUUGCUGUAGUACUAAAGUGUACUUAAUGUUACUAAGUUUAAUGCCUGGCCAUUUUCCAUUUAUAUAUAUUUUUAAAGAGGCCAGAUUGCUUUUAGCCUUUUUUAAAUACUUCAUUUAUAUUUCAUUUGUAACCAUGAUACCUUAAUCAGAACCUUAGCCUUGAAAUUGUGAACUCUUGGAAAUGUUAUUAGUCAAGUUCGCAACUAAACUAAACCUGUAAAAUUACGAUGAUUGUAUUCAAAAGAUUAAUGAAAAAUAAACAUUUCUGUCCCCCUGAA